CACUUGAUAUGACGUUUCCUUUGUUUCAUACAUGCAUCGAUAUCUCCGCGUUUGAAUUUUUGUCUUACGGAAAGAUUCCAUCUUUGAUAUACGAUAUUAUUCUCUAUCGCUGCAUCUGCAUAGUUGCCAUUCAAACGUUUCCGUUCUGUCUGAUGGACUUUCUGGCGAUAGAUGAGUAAUCUUACUUUGGG